GUUUCGAUUCUCAACUCGCUCGGUAAAGUCGUCUCAAGUCCCAAACGCCCCACAGUCAGUGCGGAACCACGCAAACCGCCCCGGUACCGUUUACCCUUCCCCUCUUAUUCAUCUCGUGCGAUCCGUGCGUGCGUGAAAUACAAGUGAAUGUGUUCGUGAAAGAAGGUGAAAUUAUUACUUUGAGAUUUUCCAAAGUAUCCAGCGAGAGUGACUAAAUGAUUGCGGCCAGAUUGCGUUUGUUAGUGGUGUUGGUGAAGUGAUCCGCCGGAGAGUGAUCUGUAACAAAAGUCGCGAUCAACCUGCACGGCAGGCAGCCCUCGGCGGGAAUUAGUGUUGGUGAAGAAACGAUCAACAAGUGGUUUGUUUGAGCGUGGUGUUGUUUUGAGCCGGUUCCAUUUCGGGAGAGAGCGGUACAGAGUAAACAAAACGCUUUCGGCCGUUCGGGGCGUCGUCGAAGUCUUGGCCGAAGAGAGAGAGAGAGAAUCCCGUGAUAGCCAUGUAUGGACGAUCGAGCAUAAAUUCCGUCGCUGGCGGUAGCGGCGAUUGCGGAGGAGAUGAUGGAGUCCCUGACAUGGGCGGCAGAGCCCAAAGCCUCGUCAGCAGCUCCAGCAAUACCAGCAGUAGUGUUGGUGGUGGUGGUGGCUGCGAUUCUUCGACGUCGUCUACGUCCUCGUUAGUUGAAUCCGGACCGCGUUCAAGUCGAGACGUUCGUCGCAGUAUCUCCUCUUCUAAUCAGAAAACCGGCAACGGUAGCAGUUGCAAUUCUUCGGUGGACAGUCGAAUCUUGGGCCCUCGAAUUGUUGGUAGCCCGUCGUCGGAGUUGUAUGAUCAAAAUAUUUUGAAGAACCGGGCCAGUGUCCUCAGUCAACUGAGCAGCGUUUUCGGCCAGAGGAUCAACAGCAGCAGCAACUUGGUGCAACAGCGGCAGAACCCCCAGGGAGCCCAGCCCCAGUACUACCAGGAGCUCACGGCCCAGCAGCAACCGCGCGAGUACGACGACCCGGAGGACGAGGAAGCCGAGAUGGAAGCGGAACGUGAACUGGCCGAAGAUGCCCAGUGGAAGCGGAUACAGCAGAACACUUUUACCCGGUGGGCCAACGAGCACCUCAAGAUCAUCGACAAGAACAUUGCCAGCCUGGAGUCCGACCUUUCGGACGGGUUGAAGCUGAUCGCCCUGAUCGAGGUGCUGUCGCAGAAGCGCAUGAGCAAACACAACAAGCGGCCCACGUUCCGCAGCCAGAAGCUGGAGAACGUUUCGGUGGCGCUAAAGUUUCUCGAGUGCGAAGGAAUCAAGAUCGUCAACAUUGAUUCGUCCGACAUCGUGGACUGCAAGCUGAAGCUGAUCAUGGGUCUGAUAUGGACAUUGAUCUUGCACUACUCGAUCUCGCUGCCGAUGUGGGAAGGCGACGACAGCGAGAAUCAGGCCAACGGCAACAACACAACCCCCAAGCAGCGACUCAUGAACUGGAUUCACCGGCUGGUUCCGGACCUGCCGAUCAACAACUUCACAAACGAUUGGACCAGUGGCAAGGCCAUUGGUGCCCUGGUGGACGGAGUGGCCCCGGGUCUGUGUCCCGAUUGGCCCAUGUGGGAUCCCAAGGAUGCCGUCCAGAACGCAACCGAGGCCAUGGGUCUGGCCGAUGAUUGGCUCGACGUGAGGCAGCUGAUUCGGCCGGAGGAAAUGGUCAACCCGAACAUCGACGAGCAGUCCAUGAUGACCUACCUCUCACAAUAUCCGAACGCCAAACUGAAGCAGGGCGCACCCUUGCGGCCCAAAACCAACCCGAACAGUACUCCACCGCCGCGGGUUCGCGCGUACGGUCCAGGCAUCGAACCAACCGGACCGGUUGUUGGAGCUCCCGCCAACUUCACCGUGGAAACCUUCUCCGCUGGUAAAGGAACCGUCGACGUGGCCGUCGUCAACCCGAACGGCAACUCCGAGAAGGUGGACUGUCGCUUCAACAACGACAAGAACCUCACCUACUCGUGUUCGUACGUGCCGAAGAUCGAGGGUCCGCACAAAGUUUACGUCAAGUUCUGCGGCCGGGACAUCCCCAAGAGUCCCUACGAGGUGCUCGUGGACAGCCAGGCCGGUGAUCCGUCCAAGGUGACAGCCAGCGGGCCCGGUAUCCAGCCGGACGGAGUCACCGUCAACAAGCAGACAUACUUUGAAAUUUCGACCAAGGACGCUGGAAAGGGAGUGCCCGAAGUAAUUAUCCUCGAUCCAGCUAACCACAAGACGUCGGUGGCUGCGAAGCUUCGUCAACUUGCUCAAAAUCACUACCGGUGCGAGUACACCGCCAACCAGGUGGGUCUGCACUCGGUGAAUGUGUUCUACAAUGGACAGCAGAUCAAGAACAGUCCGUUCGGAGUUCGAGUGGCUCCAGUUUGUGAUCCCAAGAAGGUCAGAGCGAGUGGUCGGGGACUUCAACCGGUUGGAGUUCGCGUGAAUGAUGAAGAUUGUACCUUCCGUAUCUACACGGAAGGUGCUGGCGAAGGCAUCCCGGAAGUUAAAGUAUUCGGUCCGGGAGGUGUUAUCCCCGAGUACAGCAUCCGUAAGGUUGACGGUACAACCUAUGAAGCUCAAUACAUUCCAUUGAAGGAGGGUCGCUACAAGAUUCUGGUGCUUUUUGGCGGAGUGGAGAUCCCCAAGUCACCCUUCGAAGUUAAGGUUGGUCCCCAAAAGCAUACCUCAAUAGUGGCGUAUGGUCCUGGACUUAAAUCCGGAAUGGUUGGAAAUCCGGCGAGCUUCGUGGUUGAAACCAACGGCGAAACCGGUAAUCUAGGCUUCAGCAUUGCUGGCCCCUCGCAAGCAGAGAUUGAAUGCCAUGACAAUGGGGAUGGUUCAGCUCUAGUCAAAUAUCAUCCAACCGCCCCGGGUGAAUACGCUGUACAUAUCUUAUGCGACAGUGAAGAUAUCCCGAAGAGUCCUUAUAUCGCACAUAUUUUGCCCAAGGUGGAUGACUUCCAUCCCGAGCUGGUCAAGGUAUCUGGUCCCGGAAUAGAAAAGAACGGAAGCGUCAUUACGAACAAACCAACUGAAUUCACUGUUGACGCCACCAAAGCCGGAGACGCCCCUCUGGAGGUGAAGAUCAACGACGUGUUCGCCAAUACCAUUCAGCACAAGUUCAUGAAGAACUCGGAUGGCACCAAGAAGGUUUUGUACACCGCACCAACUGCUGAUCCCGUCACCGUCGAGGUGAACUACGGAGGGGUCGCUAUCCCUGGAUCGCCAUUCCGAGUUAACGUGUCGACUCCGUUGGAUCCAUCCAAGGUUCAGUUCUUCGGACCGUGGUUGGAGUCCGGCAACCGGCCUAAUGCAGCCACUCACUUCAACGUCGACGCCAGAAACGCUGGCAACGGACUGUUGGAAGUCAAUCUCAUCCACGAAGAAACGAAGCAAAAGAUUCCAGUGCGUAUCAUCGAUAACGACGACAACACCUACGCUGUGGAAGUGAUUCCCCCAUUGGCCGGAACCUACACCACGAACCUGGUCUAUGGAGGACUCAAAGUCCCGAUUGCUCCGAAAGUUACCGUCAACCCAGCGGUGGACGUCUCCAAGAUCAAAGUUGAUGGCUUAGAACCAACGGCACCGUUGAACAGUCUUCAACAGUUCCGAGUGAUAACAAACGGCAUCGGCAAGGCCGAUCUUGCCGUUACAAUCACUAGCCCUUCGGGGAACCGCAUCAAAGCGCACGUCAUUCCUACGGCGGAAGGUUUCCUCGUCAAUUUCACUCCCACCCAGCUCGGAGAGUACCUUCUCAGUGUAAGUUUCGGUGGUACACCGAUAACUCCCCAACCCUUCCGACUGCAGUGUCUAGUAGGUUCCGAUUCGCGUAAGGUUCAGGCCAGCGGGCCUGGCUUGAUUAGAGGCAUCAUCAAUCGACCGGCGGAGUUCAUGAUCGAUACCCGAGGUGCCGGUCAGGGUGGGCUAGGAGUCACCGUUGAAGGUCCCUGUGAAGCUGCCAUCAACUGCAGGGAUAAUGGCGACGGAACGUGCAACGUAGCCUAUCUACCGACGGAGAUCGGAGACUACACCAUCAACAUCACGUUCAACGACGACCACAUCGCCGGGUCACCCUUCCAGGCGAUCAUCCUCCCUGAACCGAACCUGAGCCGCAUCCGGGUGUCCGGAAUGGGAAUCCAACCGCAUGGUGUCAUCAUGAACGCUCCGACCGACUUCAUGGUCGAUAUGAGCAAGGUUGGGGACGACGUGGACAAGAGCAAGCUCUCCUGCAACAUCUUCGAUCCACGUGGCAAUGAAAUCCCGAGUAAGCUAGUACCAAGCGAUAACAGCGACAUCUUCCGGAUCAUGUACACCCCAUUCGAAGCAGGUCGUCAUACCAUCGACCUCCUCUACGAUAAUGUGCCAGUACCGGGAUCGCCGUUCGUCGUCAAUGUCAAAUCCGGCUGUGAUCCGACUCGUUGUCGUGCUUACGGUCCAGGUCUUGAACACGCCCUGACUGAUCAGUCAGCUACGUUCACGGUGGAGACUCGAGGUGCCGGUGCUGGAGGUCUGUCGCUUGCCAUCGAAGGACCUUCUGAGGCCAAGAUGAGUUGCACCGACAACCGUGACGGAUCGUGCGACGUUGAAUACGUGCCAACCGAGCCGGGAGAGUACGAUAUUACAAUCCGUUUCGCUGAGAAGCACAUCCCCGGAUCGCCGUUUAAGGUUAUCGUCAACGAGUCGACUCGUCCGGAGAAGGUCAAGGUCUACGGUCCUGGAAUUGAGCAUGGGCAAGUUUGCGAAGGAGUCCCGGCAGAGUUCUAUAUCGAUUGCGGACAGGCUGGACCUGGUGCGGUCGCUGUCAAGCUGACCUCGUCCGAUGGAAACCCAAUAAAGGUGCACGUUGAGGACAAGGGCGAUGGUGUCUACGCUGUUUCCUACAGUCCUCCCAAAGAAGGAUCAGUCCUCACUGCUAAGGUUCGCUUCGCCGAUCAGGAUGUUAGCUGCAGUCCGUUCGUUAUGACCGUUCAACCCGCCCCAACGGACGCAUCUCCCUUCAAAGUCUACGGAGAUGCCGCCACCAAGAAGAAUCUCCCCGCAUCGCUGCCGGCCAAGUUCCAAAUCGACGCUCCGAAGAAGGGCACCACCGGAGCAACGGGCAAGGAGGACAUCAACGUUAGUAUUAAGGGUCCCGACGGAAAGUCGCUGGUGCCCAAGAUGGAACAGGUCGAGGAUGGUACGUACGCUGUGACGUUCGUGCCGGACGAGUGCGGACCCUACAAUGUCAGUAUUAAGUGCGGCGGAAAGGACGUGGUAGGAUCGCCUUUCCUGCUGCAGGCCAUCCCCACCGGGGAGGCGGAGAAAGUAAAACUCUUGGAGGCUAUUCCAACUAAUCAAGAGUACGGCAAGAAGAACCAUGUGGCCGUCGAUGCGCGAGAGGCUGGAACCGGCGCGGUUACCUGCAAGAUUGUGUCCCAUUCUGAAGCUGGGGACGUCGACCUGGAGGUGAUCGAAAAGGACGGCUUCUUUGACAUCUUCUACACCCUCAAGGACCCGGGCGACUACGACCUGGACAUCAAAUUCGGCGGCCAGCACAUCCCCAACGGCACGUUCACCAUCAAGGCCGUUGAGAACGUCGAGCAACAGGUGACGAGCACCACCAGCAGCACAACCAAAUCCUCAUCGGCAACCGUUUCGGAGAAUCAGCAAAUCUACCAGCAUCAGGAAUCCUACGUAGAGCAGGUCUCGUCCGUGUCCAAAUCCAAACUAUUCCACCAGCAAACCGCGUGCGAGGAGUUCCUUGUCCGCGAACGCCAACUAGUCAACGGCAAAUACGAAAACGGUUUGAGCAACGGUCACCACGCCGCCGUUACAACCAACGGUAACCACGUGCACUCGUCUUCGACGACCUCGGUGAACGCCGUUAACAACUCCAGCAAUAGUAGCAGUAGUGUUAGCAAAACUAGCUCGGCAGUGCAGGAAACCUGUACCACUAGUAGUCACACCACUAGCACUAGCGCCGUUACCAGCAGUGGUGCCAACCGACUGCGAGAUUUCAAACUCGAACGGUUGAACCUGCCGCAGACCGGGGGUGCAGUGAGCGCCGACAUCAAGAUGCCCAGCGGAGAAGUAGACAAGCCAGUCAUCGACGACAACCACGAUGGAACCGUGUCGAUCCGGUACGACCCGAAGGAGGAAGGCAUCCACGAGCUGGCCGUCAAGUACAACGGCGAACACGUGCAGGGAUCUCCCUUCAAGUUCCACGUCGAUUCCAUCUCCAGCGGCUACGUGACGGCGUACGGUCCCGGGCUAACCCAUGGCGUCACCGGAGAACCGGCUCAGUUCACCAUCUCCACCAAGGGAGCCGGUGCCGGUGGACUGCAGAUGGCCGUCGAAGGUCCUAGCAAGGCGGAUAUCACCUACCACGACAAUAAGGACGGAACGGUGUCUGUAUCCUACCUGCCAACUGCGCCCGGCGAGUACAAGAUCUCCGUCCGGUUCGGUGACAAGCAUAUCAAGGGCUCACCAUUUUUCGCCAAGAUCACUGGUGAAGGCCGGAAGCGUAACCAGAUCUCCGUAGGUUCCUGCUCGGAGGUCACUCUGCCCGGCGUUAUCUCCGAUCAGGAUCUCCGUUCGCUCAACGCUUCCAUCCAGGCUCCAUCGGGGCUGGAGGAGCCGUGCUUCUUGAAGCGCAUGCCCACCGGCAAUAUCGGCAUCUCGUUUACACCUCGUGAAAUCGGCGAACACACCGUUUCGGUCAAACGACUCGGAAAGCACAUCGCCAACUCCCCGUUCAAGGUGAAUGUAUGCGAACGUGAAGUGGGCGAUGCCAAGAAGGUCAUCGUCACCGGCAGUGCCCUCCAAGAGGGCAAAACCCAUACCGAAAACGUCUUCUCCGUGGACACCCGCAACGCAGGCUACGGUGGUCUAUCACUGUCCAUUGAAGGACCUAGCAAGGCCGAAAUCCAAUGCACUGACAAAGAGGACGGCACCUUGAACAUCUCCUACAAACCAACCGAACCGGGCUACUACAUCGUUAACCUGAAAUUUGCCGAUCAUCACGUCAAUGGAUCGCCCUUCACCGUUAAGGUAUCCGGUGAGGGAACCAACCGACAACGCGAGAAGAUCCAACGCCAACGCGACGCCGUCCCGGUCACCGAAGUCGGCAGCCAAUGUAAGCUUACGUUCAAAAUGCCAGGAAUUACCUCAUUCGACCUGUCCGCAACCGUAACCUCGCCCGGAGGAGUCACCGAGGACGCCGAAAUCCAAGAAAUCGAAGACGGCCUCUACGCGGUGCACUUCGUGCCGAAAGAACUCGGCGUACACACCGUUUCCGUCAAGUACAAGCAGAUACAUAUUCCUGGAUCUCCAUUCCAGUUCACGGUCGGUCCACUGAAGGACACCGGUGCCCAUUUGGUGAAGGCCGGUGGACCAGGUCUGGAGCACGGUGAACAGGGAGUGCCAUGCGAGUUCAACGUGUGGACCCGCGAGGCCGGCGGUGGCACCCUGGCCAUCUCCGUCGAGGGUCCCAGCAAGGCCGAAAUCGAGUUCAAGGACCGCAAGGACGGCUCGUGCGACGUGUCGUACGUCGUCAGCGAACCAGGUGACUACCGCAUUGGACUGAAGUUCAACGACCGCCAUAUUCCGGAUUCGCCAUUCAAGGUUUACGUAUCGCCGGCCAUGGGUGAAGCCCACAAGUUGGAGAUUGCCCAGUUCCCAAGUGGACCGGUGCAAGCUGACAAGCCUGCUCAGUUCAUGGUCCGAAAGAAUGGUGCCAAGGGUGACCUAGACGCCAAGGUCGUUGCCCCAUCGAACAACGAGGAUGAUUGCUUCAUCCAGCUGAUCGAUCAGGACCAAUACUCGGUGCGUUUCUACCCCCGCGAGAACGGAAUCCACGCCAUCCACGUCAAAUUCAACGGAGUGCAUAUCCCCGGAUCGCCGUACCGUAUCAAGGUUGGCAAGGAUGACGUCGACCCGGCUGCAGUGCACGCCUCCGGUAAAGGCCUAGGCGACAUCAAGACCGGCGAGAAAACCGACCUCAUCAUCGACACCUGCAACGCUGGCGCUGGAACCCUGGCCGUUACCAUUGACGGACCCUCCAAGGUAGCUAUGGACUGCACCGAGGUCGAGGAAGGCUACAAAGUACGAUACACUCCACUGCUACCGGGACACUACUACAUGACCAUCAAGUACAACCAGAUGCAUAUCGUCGGAUCGCCGUUCAAGAUCAAGUGUACAGGUGAUAAACUCGCGGAGGAAGGUGGCCAGGAAACGUCCUCGGUCGUAGUGGAAACGGUGGCCAAGGUGUCGAAGGGAGGCAACCGAACCGGAGUCAUUCUGCCCAUCUUCAAAUCGGACGCCAGCAAAGUGCAAUCCAAGGGCAUGGGACUCAAGAAGGCGUACCUCGGCAAACAGAACCAGUUCACGCUGAAUGCCGGAGAUGCAGGAAACAACAUCCUAUUCGUGGGCAUUUACGGACCGAAGGGACCCUGCGACGAAGUGUUCAUCAAGCAUACCGGCCGCAACCAGUACCAGGUAAACUAUCUGGUCCGCGAGCGUGGCGACUACAUUCUGCUGGUGAAAUGGGGCGACGACCAUAUUCCCGGUUCCCCGUUCAAGGUCGAAGUGUAAGCCGCCCCCUCUGGUCACCACCGGAGAAAUCCAUCGCCACCGCCACGUCGUCACCGUCGUCUUCGUCCAUCCCCUCCUGUUCACCAUUGCAGAGAAAUGCGUCGUUGUGUGUGUGCGCGUUAGUUGUGCCUCCCCUAGAAGAAAACCACUUCAAACCUGUACUUUUUGGGGGGAUUCGACCCCAACCGACACCGUUCGAAGGUCUCGGUAGCCGCCAUUUUGUUUUAUUUCUAUUAAGAUACACCAUCACUCUACAAACAACUCGAACGAGAGGGCCAGUCAGUGUCAUUUUAAGUUACUCUACUCUUGGAGCCAGCAAACUACAUUUUAUUCAUGAAAGACAUGAUCAAUCGAUACCAAGAACUCAACAUCUCGACGUCCUGCAAUCACCCGACACUCGAAAUGCUACAACACACAAAAACAUUUGUUUUUAUCUAGAUAGGGAAGUUCACAACCAGGCGGGACCUAAAACACAGAGUUGUAACAGUCCGCUGAUAAAUAAGUUUAUGAAAAUUGAAUUCUCUCACAGAAACAUAAAAUCGAACACAUACGUGCCUCCAGACAAAGACAAACACGACUUUGAACAACCCCACGAAACAGAUGAGACCCGUAGAAUUCAAUUCGCCGCAAAAGGACAUCCAACAGCAGCGAGAGCGAGAGAAAGAGGAAACAUAUUAAUGUUAUUCUAGUUAUUAUCAAUUUACGAUAAUGUUCGAUUAAGUUUAUCCUUCCAUGUCUUUUCGCAAACUUUUCCUCAUCUGUUUAAGUAUAGCAUCACUACAGAUAGUUUUCGCAUCUCCAUCGUACUCUGUUUUAGACCUUAGACAUUUUCUUUUCGUUUCCGUCUACCUUCUCAAAAAAUGUUAUUAUAUCUGUUUUCUUAUAUUUUGAUCUGUAUGUUUACCUUACGUUGAAUCAUUUUUAAGAGCCAAGAGAGAAGAAAUGGUAUCAGAAUUAUUUAUUAUUUCUUUCAAAAGGAAUCAUUUUUAAAAAUAUCAAAAUAAAAACGUUAAAUAAUAACAGUG